GGCCGUCAGCUCCACCGCUCGGCUCCUCACUGCUCCGCCGCUCGUCCCGCAGGAGCGAGUCCCGCACCAUGACACGUGGAUGACACCCCGUCCCGCAGCCGGACUCGCGGCUCGUCGGAUGCCGGCGUUUUGAUUCGCUACUAUGCUCUCGGUGAAGGAGACGCUCCGGAAUCCACUCGUGCCCGUGAGCACGCGCAGCCCGGCGGCGUGGCUGCGCCGACGCGCUCCUCCUGCCGCCGCGUUCCGCCGAUCACCGCCGCGCCAUGAGCCCACCUGGACUCAUCCAGUAGACGUGUAGUGACGCGAGAGCCGACAGCAUGGCUGAUCAGAGCAACAUCCAGUCCGCCGCCUCCAAGAGCAUCCGGCCCUUCAGGAGCAGCGAGGAGUACUUGUACGCCAUGAAGGAGGACCUGGCCGAGUGGCUCAACACCCUCUACGAGCUGGACGUGACCACGGAGACCUUCAUGGACGGGCUGGAGACAGGGACCGCUCUGUGCCGACACGCCAACAACGUCAACAGAGCUGCGCAGGACUUCCUGCUGGAGUACCCGGAGGCUGCCAGGGCCAUGAAGCUGCCCUCCAAGGAUGUGCUCUUCCAGUCACGGAACGUGAGCCCAGGUUCCUUUGUGGCCCGCGAUAAUGUGUCCAACUUCAUCAGCUGGUGCAGACAGGAGCUCUGGAUCAAGGACGUCCUCAUGUUCGAGACCAACGACCUGGUGGAGAGGUGCAACGAGAAGAACUUCGUCCUCUGCCUCCUGGAGGUGGCCAGGCGAGGCUCCAAGUUCGGUAUGUUGGCCCCCAUGCUGAUCCAGCUGGAGGAGGAGAUCGAGGAGGAGAUCAGGGACCAGGGCAGUCUGCAGAUGGAUGCGGAGCAGGCCGAGGAGCCGCAGAAGAGGAGUCCACCCAGCAGGUGUUUCGGCCGCCAGGAGAGCAGAGCCAGUGUGGAGGAGGAGCCGCCUGAGCCUUUCGUGUGGCCCCAGAAGAGGGUUCUGUGUGACAUGAGGAACCUGGAUGAGUUGGUCCGUGAGAUCCUGGGCCGCUGUUCCUGUCCAGCUCAGUUUCCUAUGAUCAAGGUGUCUGAAGGGAAGUACAAAGUGGGAGAUUCCAGUGCGCUGAUCUUCAUUAGGGUCCUGCGCACUCAUGUGAUGGUGCGUGUCGGAGGGGGCUGGGACACAUUGGAGCACUACUUGGACAAGCAUGACCCGUGUCGAUGCGCUGCUUUUGCCCACCGGUACCAUCAGGCCAAGGCCAGCGGGCAGGGAGGCCAUAGCAAGUCGUCCAGUGCUCACUCCUCCCGCUCCACCAGCCCCGGGCCGCACUGGAGCCGAAACGAUGGCAUGGCACCUUACAAACCUCCCGACAGGCGCUCGGUGGAGCCCUCCUCCGGCCCGUCUAACCCCUCCUCGACAUCACGGCUGGCUCGCUCGCAGUACCCUUCAGUACCCACAGAUUUGGACUCAAGCGCAGCGCGCGCCCUGCUACCACGGCCGCCGAGAGACCGCUCAGAGCCCCGGCACUUCAAUCCUCUCAGGAACCGUGAGACAAUGCUGCCUGUGACAAGACGCCUCUCCGGAGACAGUGACUCCUCUACGGCGUCCUCCAAAGGAGGCGGAGGCGGGGCAGGGCGGCGAUCUCUGGGUGCCGCCUCCCAUCGUUCCAGUGAUGAGAUCGUCCUCCUGGUCAACCGUAAGGAAGGCAGGCACAUGAUCGAGAGGCCUGCAGCUGGGCAGGGUCCUUCAUUAUCCAGGGCUCGCAGCCAGUCACGAGAGCGCACCUCUCACAGCACCGGGCUGAAGCCAACCCCCCCCCAGGCAUCCUCCAACGGCUCCCAGGCCCCUCGCACGGAGAGAGGACGUUCUCUGGUCAGUGAUGGUGCGAGAAAGUUCCAUGUUCCUCGCUCACACAGCCAGGGUAAAUUACGAUCCCGGACGUGGUCCAGAGACUCCAGCCCAGCAUCGACUUCCAGUUCCAGAGACGCUCGGCCUCCGCCGGCAGAGAGAAAGGAGGACCGAGGCAGUCCCAAGCAGGGACUGUCCUCGUCCACGAAAACUGGCCAAGGAGUGUUGGCCAAGAGGCAGUCAUCGUCGUGCUCCAACUCACCGAUCAAAGGACUACGAAACAACAGCCCAAAUAAGAAGGUCAUUAAUACCCCGAGACCGCCGGCCCCUCGCUCUCCCUCUGUAGCAAAGGGAAGGUUGCUUCCUCCAGUCACUUCAGGAGGUCGCCGCUCUCCACAUUCAUCUCCCCGCAACCCUCAGCAUCACGCUGUCCGUGGGACUCGAUCACUCGCCGCUUCCCGCUCCAACGGCCAUACUCACCAUCGGAGCACGCCGGGGCCGGAGCCUCAGGAGCCUGGAGGAGAGGGAUCGGGCGUCUACCACAUGCUUCCAGCUAUAGACCCUCAGAGGGAACAAGAUCUCUACCGCAGCUUUGAGGCCGAGUUUUUAGCCAAUACUCAGCAAGCCAGACAAACAUCCAGUCGAGAGUGUGUUGGAAAAACUCCGGCAGGGGCCGGGACGCAUGUGGCGCCUGCAGCCUCUGAUGCUAAUGUCACCGACUCCGCCUACUCCUCUUCCAACUCCUCCACCUCCUCGAAGAAAGGUGCGCUGCCUGACCUCCGAGAGUCAAGAAGAAAUCAUUUCUUACCCCUAGAGGACCCUCUGAAUUUACUGUACAAUUUUGCUGAACCACAACAUUUUAGUCAAGUGGAGGGGGAACACUGGCGGAAGCUCCCAGCCAUCCACAGUUCCAGGGAAGAGAGGGAUUGUCAUGGAAACAGCGAAGCAAGUGCGACGAGCGAUGGUUGCUGUCGGAACAUGAAUGGAGACCAUCCCUCUGGUGGCGGCUGGGGUUCGGAGCCGUUACAGCUGCGCCAGCCAAACCUUCCGUACAACUGGGAACACAGCGAUGCUAGUGACGACCUCCCACCCCCGGAGGCCUGCCCUUCACCAAUUCCCCUCCCCCCUUCGGAGGACUGCUCUUUUCAAGAUUCCUCAAGUGAAAAUUCUUCAAUGUGUUUGAGCCUUAGUGAGUCACACUCGGAGUCCCCCCCGCUGACGUCACCGCUCGCCAAUGGCGUGGCGCAGGCCAAAGGGCAGACGAGGCCAGACAGGGUCACUCCCACCUCCAAGCACAGAGUAACGCCUGGGAUCAGGCCUCGGACCGACAAGCGGCCAGAAAUCCGCCCGUCACGCAUCCCCACGCCGGUCAGCUACAGGGAGCUGCAGACCCCAGGGAGACUCUCACCCUGUCACACCCCCCCCCUCUCCCCUCAGAGCUCACGGGCUGCUGCGCGCUCAGCGAUGGGCAGGAACAUGCACCAGGCUUUUGCAGACAUGGUCCAUCCUCAAUCACCGUCCGCUGCCAUGGACAACUAAGGCGUUUACGGACCUGAACUCUGGCACAGGACUAAACGACAUCAAUGACUACUGUGUACAAAAGCUAAGGACUGGGCUAGUGACUGUUUUUAUUGCAUGUCAAAGUCUUUCUUUCUCUCUUUUAUCCCUACCCAUGAGUCACUGCUUUGCUUGUUUUGCACUGGAGCCAAAUGAUCUAUUACCAAAGGAAUGGUAUUUCCCGCGGUGUGUGUUUUUGGGAAACAGUGGCACGAAGAGAGCGCGCAUGUGCUGCCAUGUGCCACAGCAGCUCACCAGCCAGAGAUUCGACACGACCACAGCUUCCAUGUUCAGUUCCCAGACUGAGUUGAGAAGAUGCACGGACAUGCCAGAUGUCAAUAAGCCAAACACCUGACCACCAAACUCUGAUGAACAAUGGAGGACUGCCAUCACUGACUGGCAUCCUAGUCUGGGACCAUGAAAGAUGAACCGUAUGUCUUGUGCAUCAGCUCCCUCUAAUGGUGUACCACUGCCUUUAUGAUCCCCAUCCUGGUUUCACGUCUACUCAAGUGGGCUUGACGCGGUGUGAACCAAAGUAUCACCAUUCUUUUGCCAGUCCAUAUCAGGCAUGGAGGCGUUGCACACCUUGGUUUCUGCGCAGUCCUGGAUCCUGGAUGGUCGUGGCUUCGUGUCGUCCUCACUGAACCGUUUCCACCCAACUGUAGUAGACGCCUGUCAGAUGAGAUGAGCGUAUGAGCAGAGUGUACAUACUGUCUGGUGUUUUGUGGCUAUGAAGACGUGUGUGUGUAAAUACAUCCGGUGUUGAGUUCUGUGCAGCCUUAGCUAUGCAAUAUUGGUGUUGAAAAUGCCUUGACCACUCCCUUUGCCUUAAAGUCUUUUUUUUCCAGGUUUGUUUUGAAUGUUUCUGCUGGACACUGUUUGGUACCACUGCAUUGCCACCAGGAGGAAAAGAAGAACCAAUGUGAAUGUCAUUGCCAAUUGCUUAAAGAAAUAGCGCUUGUCGGAAAUGGAUGACAGAAGCGAGAAAUGUAUCAUUUAUUGCUUUUAGAACCUCCGAGAGGUUAUUUUCGUCAAGUUGACCUACUUAUCACAGGGACGGCGACAGUAGCUGCGGCGACCUCUAGUGGACAAGCAAGAGAAGGCUCUAUUCCGUGCAACGGUGGCGCUGAAUGAACACUGAAGUGUUAGGCGAUCCUGGGUGGUCAGAAGUCAUGACAGGGCGUUUGUGUUUGUGUCCAUGAUGCUGAGGGGCUGCCACUGACAAGGCUUGUGAUUGUCAUGUACAUAGUGUGUGAAACAUGCAUCUGAGGGGUGAUGUUGGUUCUAUUUAUUUAUUUAUGAAUUCAUUGGCUGUCGAGUGGCAUCUGCAAAAGUUCAUUUUCUUGUGUAAAGAAAAAGCUGGUCGAGCCUGUCAUGAUGUAAAAAGACAAAGAAAAAACACACUCCAUGAGAAUUCCAUCGUAUCUAUUGUAACCCACAAUUCACUCGCAAUUAAACGACCGCUGCCAUCAUUUGUUCCUCAAAGUAGUGAACAGCGGCUUUGAAAGGUUACGCUUCAUGUAUGAUGUUGAUCUGCUCUUUGGUCUCUGUAAAUGUUCAAUGAAAUUCUCUCCUUCUCCCAACCAGCAACAUCUGAAUGUUCAGGACCAGUCAGUUUGCUACAUUUAUUUUCUUUGUAUGUACAGGUUGCUCGUGGGAUUUGUAUGUACGAACUAGCAAUACUACAUUUUUUUUUUUUUUUUAAUUAAAGGAAAAUGGAUUGUU